GGCGGUUCGAUCCGGGGAGCGACUUCCUGUGCGUUCCGCUUAGUAUUAGCACCAUGCGGUGGUUGUCAGGUCGGAAGCGUCGGUCUAUCGGAGGCGGUUGCUAACAGUCGUUGGGGCUCAGGAGCUCAGCGCACCGGCGGCAUCGUGGCUGCGUCAACUAGUCCAAAGGAUCGGCGUAUAAUGGUUUGUGCAGCAGAGCGAUAUAGAUCGAGCCCUUCGCUGAUGAUAUUUGCAGAUCGUCGGUUUCUGCUCUGUUCUUGAAACCAGUGGCCAGGGUGAAGGAAAUUGAAGGCCCUCGGUGGACGUCCCGGAUGGAGGAGGACGCUGACGUGCCGGCAGAGCUGCUCAGAUGUCAACUAGUACCGCCCGCCCCUAACGGCACGCCGAAUUCCAUUGGCUGGCUACGGGAUUUCGCGGGUUUCUCCUGGCUCGCGUACGGAGCUGCAUCCGUCGCCGUCGUUACCCACGUUGCUUCCCCUCUCUCGCAGAGAGAAGCGGCCGUCGGGUCCUUCUUUUAUCAGGUGCUCGAGCCCGACCCCCCGCCCGGUCACUCCGACCCGUCGAUCUUCACCGUUCCCGCCCUCUCCUGGUGCCCCUCCGUUCCUUCCGAUGGCACCCUCGCCGUCGCUUUGGGCAGUUCAAUCUCUUUGUAUUCUCCGCUUCCGGAUUGUCCAACUGGUCCAUCCUUCAGGUGGAGGCCAAUUACCAGGCUUGUGCAAUCUUGCCAAGUGGAGGCGAUCGAGUGGACAAGGUCAGGUGAUGGUUUGAUUACGGCAGGUAUUGAGGUGGUUGCUUGGAAAAAGAACGACAGAUUCUGGGAAGUUCUAUGGAGAGCUCAUCCGGAGGUUCCACAAGCCUUGGUUUCUGCAGCGUGGUCCAUUCAUGGCACUGCGGCAACAGCAGCUGCAGCUGUAACGUUGAUCUCCUUACCAGUUGGAAACUCAUGUCCCGUUCAGAAUGAGACUACAAAAGCUAUUGUCUGGCAGAGUGAUAGGAGAUCUGGAAUUGUGGAAGUAAAAUUAAACCACCCUCAGCCUGUCUCAAUGAUUGAGUGGCGGCCAUUCUGCUCAGGAAAAGCUUUAGCAACAUGUAGGGAAGUUCUGUUGACAUGCUCCAUGGAUGGAGUGGUGCGAUUGUGGAUUGAGAUUGGUCAAGGGAGAGGCAAAAAGUACACAAAGGGCAUCAAUGAUCAGAAAAAUAAUAAACCCCACUAUUACGUGGCUGCAGUUGUUGAAAUUAGUCAGUGCUUGGGAGGAUGCCUCGGUAUUGAUACUUUUGUUAAAUGGGCAAGUGAAGUCCCAGCUGUGAAUGACAAGGGCAAAAAAGUGAUCCAAUGCCAUGGAGAAGUAUUGCACUCUGACAUUGCUGGAAGAUGUGAAUGGUUGGUUGUGGUUGGGCCAGGGACUUCUCUUUCUUUAUGGGCUGUUCAUUGCCUAGACGAUAUAUCCCCAUUGCGGUUCCCACGCCUGCAUCUGUGGAAGAAAGUGAAUAUGUCAGAUGCCAAUGCAACAAGUACUUUUUAUCCUGAUUCUUCAAAUUUUCAAAGUAGUCUUGCACUUCUUAGUGCUUCUAUAUCAAGGACUAGACUUUCUGGUCCACCUACUUGGUGUUCCUUGCUGCAGUUACUACCUGGUGGUUCUUUUAUGUGGUUGCACUUGGAUACACUGUGUCCAACUGUUACUUUGGGAACAUCUUCAGAUCAACUUAGCAAGGAUAGUAGUGCAUCUAUAUCUUCCUGCAAGCUUUUAACUCAAUAUGGGCACGACAGCAACAUUUUGCAGUUUGCUAUGUGUACUUGUAGUUUUGGAAUUGAUCUUGCUGCUUCUUUGGAUUCCGAUGGGCACAUUUUAUUGUGGUCUCUUUCUUCAAGUUCAAACUUAUAUCCUGGCAAGCCAACUCCAUUUCAGCCUGCUUGGAAAUGUAGGGGUAGAAUACUGUCCAAUAAUGAUUGCUUGGGCAUCAAGUACUCAUGUUUGGCAUGGGCACCGGUACUUUCUAAUGGUAACAUGCUCCUUUUAGCUGGACAUACAGGAGGGAUUGAUUGUUUAGUUAUUGAUCUAACUAACGAUGCUAGUUUUGAGCAUCACAAAGUCUGUACUGUACCAUUCUCUGAUCACAAUGUGAACAUAGGACCUGACUGUAUCCACACGUCUCCUUUGCAUUCCACCAGUCCAGAUAAAGGUGCAUGUACUAGUUUCAUGUUUUUAGGAGUGUGGAUGGGCAUUUUUCAAGUUCUGACUUGGAGAUUUGUUGUGCAUUUGCAUGAUUUAGUUGGCAAAGGCUGCAUUGGAAAUGUAACAUCUGAUAAAGUAGCUACUUAUAAAUCUGGGUUUUCUGGUGCCAAUUAUUGCAUCACUGUUGGCCUCUGCUCGUCAAGGUUUCCCGAUCAUAAUGACACCGACAUUGUUACAAGUGUUGAUGUUGUCCAUUCUGGUGCAUCAACAGCGGCUGUACUACAGACUGGGGAUUGUCUUGCUGGCUGCAUUGAUAGUGCUAUAUAUCACAUGGCUACUGGUUGUUCUGAUGGAAACCUGAGGUUAUAUAGAGCACUUCAGAUUUCAGAUACUUUUUGGAUUCAUUGGCAGCUUGUUGGCAUGUUUAGAGCUCAUGUUGGUGCAGUUGAUCUAAUAUCCUUGUCUGGUGGUAAUGGGAAGAUUGCAACAGUUAAUAUGAGUGAUUCAGAUGCUUGCAGUUGCCUCCAUAUCUGGGAUUCUGUUAGUGUUAUGGAUGAGGGAUGCUUUAUUUUAGAGGACAAAAUUCAUUUUAGUGAUAACAUCAAUGCUAUAAAUUUUCAACAAAUGGGAAAUGGGUUAUCAUUGUUGGGGGUUUGUUUGCCAAGUAAACUAUGCAUUUAUUCACAAAAGCAGUUUAGUGAUUGGGAUCCUAUAAAGUCAGAAUUUUCUCUAAAGGUGCAGAAUUGGGUUUGUAUUGCACAUAUUCACACUUCAGCCUCUAGCAGGAGCUUCAUGUGGGGGCCAAGAUUAUCCAUUGUGCUUCUUCAUGAAAAAUAUAUUAGCAUUGCUAGUCAGUGGUCGUUUGCCACUGCUGAUGAAUGUCAGGCUGAUCCUUAUCCUGAAUAUUUCAUGGACGAUUCUGCUGGUUUGAGGAAAGAGGCGCACAGAGAUAACUGUCAUCAUAAUGAUUCUGUUACCAAAAGAGGAAUGACCAGCACACUCGACAUAUCUGAGAAAUGGUGUGGAUCGUUGCCACUUUAUCAUCCCAAAGCACUCCUUUUAUGCUUAUUCUUAGGAAAUCAGGGGCGUGCUUAUGCUGCUGUGGAACAUCUUGUCACAUCCCUUUAUGGCAAUGCUACUUCAGACGUUCAUGAAAAAAGUGAGAACGUUUCCAAAUCUGGCCAUGGUGUUUACCAGAUCAAGUUGUCCAAAUAUUUCCAGGGAAAUUGCUCAUUAUCUGUCUCUCAUGUGGGAUCACAUUUCCAGAAAGAUUUUCUACAAGAAAACUCAACCACACCAAAUGCUUAUUAUGAUAGAUUCACUGUACGUGCUGGCGAACCUGAAAUCAAGAGAUUCUCUAGAAUACUGGAGAAUUCAUCUCAAAUUCCUUAUGUUGGAAAUGUGGAAAGGACUAAAAUUCUUGCAGUGGUAGACCUUUUGAUAGAAAUUAUUGAUAGAGAGGGUGCUACAACAUAUGCAAGCUUUGAUGAACCUGCACGAAGGUUUUGGGUUGCUGUACGUUUUGUCAAGUUGCAUUUUCAUCGAAAGUUUGGAAGAGCUGCUCUUGCUGAAGAGUUGAUUGUGGACUCCAGCUUGAUUGCUUGGGCUUUCCAGUCUGAUUGUCAUGAGAACCUAUUGAGUUCAGUUCUGUCGAGCGAACCAUCUUGGCUGGAAAUGAAAAAUUUGGGGGUCGGGUUUUGGUUUACUAAUGCAACCAUGCUACGAGCAAGGAUGGAGAAAUUGGCUAGAGCACAAUAUCUGAAAAACAAAGAUCCAAAGGACUGUGCACUUCUUUACCUGGCACUGGGCAGAAUUAAGGUUUUGGCUGGGUUGUUUAAACUAAGCAAAGAUGAGAAGGACAAGCCCCUGUUUGGAUUUCUUUCUCGCAAUUUCCAGGAGGAGAAGAAUAGAGCUGCUGCCUUGAAGAAUGCUUAUGUUUUGAUGGGGAGACAUCAACUAGAGCUAGCUGUUGCUUUCUUUAUUCUUGGAGGUGAUCAUUCUUCAGCUGUCACUGUCUGUGCCAAGAAUCUUGGAGAUGUGCAACUUGCCCUCAUCAUUUGUCGGCUCUUAGAGGGCUGUGGUGGAGAAUUAGAACGUGAUUUAAUUGCAAAUCAUAUACUCCCUUCAUCAAUACAAAAAGAGGACUACUGGCUGGCCAGCAUGCUCGAGUGGAUGCUGGGACAUUAUUAUGAAUCUUAUCUGUGUUUGCUUGAUGGUGCAUCGCUGGAUUGCAAUCCUUCCAAGUCAGAUAUCCUCCAUGCAGCAACUGAUCCAAAUAUAGGUCAAUAUUGUGCAAUUCUUGCUACAAAGAGUAACAUAAAGAAUUCACUGGGAGAUGUUAAAGCUGCAGUACUGGCAAGGUGGGCAAUGAUGAUGGCAUCGCUUGCCUUGGCUAGAUGUGGUCUUCCUCUUCAAGCUUUAGAAUUGGUAUCUUCUGGGAGUAGUAUUGGCGGGAAAAUUCAAGGUUUGGUAUCAGGUUCUGGAAAAGUUAAUACCAUCUAUGGCAUCUUAAGGCCAAACUCACAAACUGAUCCAUGCAACUGGCUUUCUGGAGAUGUAGCUCCCAUGUUGGAGUCAUGUGUUAGGCUAAACCUUGCACUGCGAUGCACGUCAAAGUUCAUCAUAGAACAUCUUUCCUCAGAAAAUGCCUACUUAACAUAUUCAACCAUGGGAGAAUCACUUGAUAUUAUGUCUCGUCAUUAUGAGGAGCUGGCAGAUGCACUUUACGAGAAGUUGCAGGAUGGAAUCUUUUAUUUCGGGACAAAAUAUUCUAUAAAUGCUACAGGAAUCUUGAACAUGAUAAUACACUUUGCAUGCAACAUCGGGAAGCCUUUUCUUGGAUAUCAUGUUACUAAUACCUAUCUCAGUUCUGUUCAUCCGCAACAUAAACUUCAUGGCACCAAAAACUUCAUUGACCAUUCAUUUACAACAAAGGCAGUGAUCCAUAUCACGAAGGAGCUCUGCUAUGAAUUUGGUCGUUGUGUUGUAGCAUUGGGGAUUAUGGCUUCGGUGAUGAAGAUAGAUAUACAAGACACUGCAUCGAAUGGCAAGACUGACUGCAGGUCACCAUGGGAAUAUCAUCUUUAUGAUUUGCUACAGUCAGUGUGGUAUGUUAAGCUUUUCUUAAAGUUCCUCAUUGACGCUUCCACAGAGGUGGGCUUUAGCUUGAAAAUUUCAAGUGAUCUGGAUCAUCUGAGCUACUGCAUAUGUUUUGCUUUAGCAUGUUUGCACCAGAAUUCUGAAGUACUUCUGCGAUUGAUUCAGUCUAUUUUAGAUAUUCCAGAAUUUAUUGUGGAUGGUAAGGAAAGAAAUCAGAGUUCACAGAUCAUACGUCAUAGAGAUUCUUUUAAGAGUUCUGUUCCAAUUAUUGGGACUGAGCACAACAGAUUGCUAGAGAAGAGGGGCAUGUCAGUGGAAUCUGUUUGUCUUAAUGAUGAAAGGUGGCAACUUUUGGUAGCUUGCCUGUGGCAAAACUUGUUUACCUUCACUUCGAAAAUAUUGGAAGUUCGUAAAAAUGAGAACUUGUUGCGAUCUCUACCAGCAUCAGAACCUUUCUUGCAUCCUGAUCCCAAAAUGGGCGAUUUCAAUGGAAGCGGUACAGUGAAACAGAUAGAGCUGUUUCCUCUGUUUGUACUGGAGCCUUUGAUUAAUGCAAUUUCUUAUGCUUUCUGCGGUCUAACAAAGGAGCUCAUAUUUUUCCUGGUUGAGAAGCUCGAAAAAAAUAUGGACAUUGUCACCUUGACUUGGUUAAGUCAUGUGGCCUUGGUGCAAUCAAAGGUCCCUGUGCAAUUGGAUGAAAGGGAAAUUGAUUCUUCAAAAAGAGAACAUAGUGAAGAAGCACUCCCAUUUGAACAUUUAUGGCAAACAAUUGUGAAGCCAGAGCUUGUCUAUAACAUUUUUGCCCAUGAAGGGAUAAGUUGGCUUGCGACUCUUAGCAACAGGUGCCCCAGUGGCUGGAGUUCUAUCCAUGAGGGUAUUGUAGAUGAAGGUGGGAGGGGCAAUGGAUCUUUUACUAUACAAGAUGCUUCUGGUCCUUCUAGAACUGGGCAUGAUAAGCUUUAUCAUCCUGGCAACGAAAAUUACCAAGGCUCUCUUCAGACAGGUUCUUCUUCUUUAAGGAGUAGGCUCAAUGUUUGCUUUGAUAAUAAGGAAAUUGUGAAGAGGAAUGGCGAACUUCUGGAGGCAAUUUGCGUCAAUUCCUGCGAUGAAAAGCAAAUUGCAGUUGCCAGCAAUCGUAAGGGCCUACUUUUCUAUGGAUUGAACCUCGAAGAGACUUCUAGCAAUAAUACUGAGUACAUCUGGUCAGAGUCUGACUGGCCACAGAAUGCAUGGGCUAGGUCUCUAUUUGCUUCCCCAGGUGUUGACUUUGGUGACCAGAAGUCUGUGCACCUUGGUUUAGGAGGAGCAACGGUUGGCUUGAGUCCUCUGUUAAGACCAGGAAGAGAUCUAACCGGUGGAGGUGCAUUUGGGAUUCCAGGUUAUGCUGGUAUUGGGGCUUCAGGCCUAGGUUGGGGUGAGCAGGAAUACCUUGAAGAGUUCAUGGAUCCCCAUGUAACAGUUGAAACCAUUAGCGCAAGGGCCAUCUCUAGCCAUCCUUCUAGGCCUUUGUUUUUGGUUGGAUCUAACAACACAUACAUUUACCUUUGGGAGUUUGGUAAGGACACAGCUGCAGCAACUUAUGGCAUUCUUCCUGCUGCAAAUGUUCCUGCACCUUAUGCCUUAGCAUCAAUAUCAGCUUUAAGAUUUGAUCAUUGUGGACAUCGUUUCGCUACUUCUUCAUCAGAUGGAACUGUAUGCACUUGGCAACUUGAGGUUGGAAGCAUGAACAAUGUCCAGCCCACAGAAUCAUCCGUCUGCUUUCAGAGCUAUGCAUCAGAUGUGACAUACCUGGGUUCAAGUGGAUCAAUUCUUGUUGCAGCAGGAUCUAGCCCCAAUAAUGCAAAUGUGGUUGUUUGGGAUACAUUAGCACCUGCUGCAAGUUCUCGUGUUUCUCUUCGAUGUCAUGAAGGUGGUGCACGGUCAGUUGCAGUUUUUGACCAUGACAUAGGUACUGGUUCAAUUUCACCACUUAUCAUGACAGGGGGAAAAGCUGGUGAUAUUGGACUCCAUGACUUUCGGUUUAUUGCAACUGGAAAGUCUAAAAGACACCAAAUCUCCAAAGAAAGAAACGUUAGCCUCUCUAGGAAUCUUGAUGCAAAUACAGGGACAUCCACAAAAUUUGAGGACAAUCGAAACGGAAUGCUGUGGUAUCUACCAAAAGCACACUUAGGGAGCAUUACGAGGAUAUCAACCAUCCCAAAUACUUGCUUGUUCUUGACUGGAAGUAAAGAUGGAGAUGUUAAGCUGUGGGAUGCUAAAAGAUCAGAGCUUGUGUUUCAUUGGCCCAAAAUGCAUGAUAGACACACGUUUCUCCAGCCAAGUUCUCGAGGCUUUGGUGGAGUUGUACGGGCUGCCGUGACAGAUAUCCAAGUCAUUCCUGGUGGUUUUCUAACCUGUGGUGGAGAUGGAGUUGUUAGAUUGGUCCAAAUUCGCAGUUUGUAGCUUAUUUCUACUGAAGCUCCUUCUGAAGAGCAUGAUGUGUAGGUAGGGUCUCUUUGAGCUCUAUUGAGAUACGAAGUCCCCUGUCGCGCCUAUGAUACGUCACACUUAUGUGAGGUUGAGGUGUGUCACCUUAUGGAGCAACCACAAAAAUGUGCAUCUUGAGUUAUCUUGACAUGCUGCACUGGGCUCGCUCGUCUCAGCUCCACUUGCUUUUCCUCCUGUUUCGACGGCCGAGUUGGCAAUGCAUUAGCAGGUCAAAAAUGGGGUUUGCGUAUACUAUACAGAUUUGAGUGUGACCUGAUUCAGGCAAGAACAGUAUUCGUUGGGUGCUGAUUGAGUGCCUGAAACUUUAGCCUUCGAAUGGGUUGGGGUCAUAUGGUCAUACAUGUUUGGUUUUUAAAAUUUUUAGAUGAUGCUACGUCUUAUGUAUUUAGUUCUUAGUUCUGCACCUCGUCUUGGUCUUCCUGGCUUGGCUGAUGUUUUCAGGGCCUUGUUAGUUGCUUCUAUAUUUUGGAGUAAUUGUUGUGUUGCAAUGCUUCUAAGAGGCAUGUGUAAAUAUUAUUCUUUGUAGUGUAAACUCCUAGUUUUUUGUACUAA